UGUCCUGUCCCAGAGGGAGCGCCCAGCAGGAGUAAGUCAGUGUCGUCCACAGACAGUCAGCCCCCCGAAGAGCGCCAGGGGCCCUCAGGUGGCUACGCCUCCUCGCAGGGAGGAGCUGAGGCCAAGAGACGACGCUGUGACGACAAAGAGGCCCUCCCACCGCACUCUUACGACAGCGAUGGAGAUAAAAGUGAGGACAAUCUGGUGGUGGACGUAUCCAAUGAGGAGCCAAACUCUCCGGCAGGAAGCCCGCCUCAUGGGAACGGUUUGGACCGCACUCCUGCCUUAAGGAAGGAGGCCCCGGGCUCUUCAGGCCCAGCAGAGGCGCCCUCCACCCCAAACCCCUGUAGCCCCGCCCCAGGGAAGGCCAAAGAUCCCACACAGAUGGAUAAGUCCCAGUCGCCAUUGUCCAAGUCCAGCACUCCGUCCCCGUCCCAGCGUGAGGCUCUUACCCCGGGAGCUCCUGGAGCACCUGGUCCCAGCACUUCCUGCCUUCGUCUGGUCAGCAAAGCGGCGUCUGCGGCGGACCCGCUUGCGCUCCGCAGCCCCAUGUCUGUGCCCCCCGCUUCCUUCCCGGCUCAUUUUGGGGUGGUGUCCCACGCAGGACUGAAUGGCGAGCUGGCCAGCCCAGGAGGCUUCGGCGGGGCUCUGACUCUCUCGCCCCAGAUCAGUGCAGCGGCCAGCGCCUACUCCCGCAGCCCCCUGGUGGCUUAUGACUCUCGACCUCACCUGAGGGCCUCAGGCCUGUCGUCCUCUCUGCCGGGUUCAUCUGCUGGCAAACCGGCCUACUCCUUCCACGUGAGCGCAGACGGGCAGAUGCAGCCGGUGCCCUUCCCCCCCGACGCCCUGCUGGGCCCGGGCAUCCCUCGCCACGCCCGGCAGAUCCACAGCCUGAGCCACGGCGAGGUGGUGUGCGCCGUCACCAUCAGCGCCUCCACGCGCCACGUCUACACGGGAGGCAAAGGCUGCGUCAAGGUGUGGGACAUCAGCCAGCCCGGCACCAAGAGUCCCAUGGCCCAGCUCGACUGUCUGAACCGAGACAACUACAUCCGCUCCUGCAAGAUCCUCCCAGACGGGCGCACCUUGAUAGUGGGGGGCGAGGCCAGCACGCUGUCCAUCUGGGAUCUGGCCACGCCCACCCCUCGCAUCAAGGCGGAGCUGACGUCGUCGGCCCCGGCCUGCUACGCCCUGGCCAUCUCGCCCGACAACAAGGUGUGCUUCUCCUGCUGCAGCGACGGCAACAUCGUGGUCUGGGACCUGCACAACCAGACCUUGGUCAGACAGUUCCAGGGCCACACGGACGGAGCCAGCUGCAUCGACAUCUCCAACGACGGCACCAAGCUGUGGACGGGAGGACUGGACAACACGGUGCGCUGCUGGGACCUCCGGGAGGGACGGCAGCUGCAGCAGCAUGACUUCACCUCCCAGAUCUUCUCUCUGGGUUAUUGUCCCACUGGAGAGUGGCUGGCUGUGGGGAUGGAGAGCAGCAACGUGGAAGUCCUGCACGUGUCCAAGCCUGACAAGUACCAGCUGCACCUUCACGAGAGCUGUGUUCUCUCACUCAAGUUUGCAUACUGCGGCAAGUGGUUCGUGAGCACAGGAAAAGACAACCUGUUGAACGCCUGGAGGACCCCCUACGGAGCCAGUAUUUUUCAGUCCAAGGAGUCGUCGUCGGUGCUGAGCUGUGACGUGUCCCCUGACGACAAGUACAUCGUGACGGGCUCCGGGGACAAGAAGGCGACGGUGUACGAGGUGGUGUACUGAGGGAAGGGUGGAGACUCUUUUCUUUUGCUUUGUUUAACUUUGGAAGACAGGAGGAGGAGGCAACUGGUCGCCUUGACAACCGCAUCCUCUCGACCCCGCACACCUUUUUCACUUGUUGUAAAGACUGCAGCGUGAAGAUGGCGGAGGAAUGUGUGUGUGUGUGUGUGUGUGUGUGUGUGGACACAAUCUAAAGGGGUGGGGGGUAUUUAGGGAUGUCCCCCCCCCACACACACACACGCGCAGGAGGUGUCGAGGGAACGGCAGCCAGCAGCACUGAGAGCACACAAUCCAUUCAUUAGGCAGACAGAGGAGGCUUUAAUGAGGAUGAUGUCACCAGCCGCGGGGGGCACACGCCAAGGUGCGCGCCAUCACACACACACACACACACACACACACUUCCCCGGAGGUCAUUGAGAGAAAACACACACUAAUUAAAUAGUGAGUACAGCAUCCUUACUUAAUAUCUGUUUUGUUUUUGUGCUGACAAAGGCGACGUCUAAUGAGCUGACACACACACACACACACACACACACACACACACACACACACACACACAAAACAUCACGUGUGUAAUGCGAGAUGACCCCCCCCAUCAUGUUAUACAACAUGUGUGUAAUGCCUGCUGGUGUGAUCAUAUUAGUUUGAUAUUAUUUUCUAUUGAUUGUACAUCCGGACUUUGACAUGUGGUACGUUUGUGUCUCCUGUUUUGUAACGACUGCCUCUGUAAUUAUUCAAGGUCAUGGAAGGUCGAGCUAACAUCUCACCUGCUUUGUGGUGUCCAGGAAAACAUUAAUAAAAUACUAUUGGGUGUCCAGUGUAA